AAAAAACAUUAACAUCUUAAAUAAAACUAAAUAAAUAUAUGUAUAUAAUAUACACUGUUAAUGAAGUUUUUCAGUUUCCAAUCAGUAUCCUUUCAUAAAGAACUGUAGCACGUGUUUAGCUCCAUGAUUGGCAGCACAACACUAUAGUUAAAUAACAAGCUCGUUUGUUCGCAACGAAUCUAGCUGGUCUACUUGCUGUGAGAUUUUUAUUAAUCGCGCUGCGUAAAUUAAAUAAAAAUGUGUUCAUAAACCGUCCAAAUGACAAUAAACGACCUUUUUCAAAAAUGAUAACAUUUGGCUCCGGUAGUAAUUCGACAACUCUGGAGGACACAGGUGAAGUGAAGAGUAUUUGCGAGAGUGUCGGCAGUGAUGGUUCUAGUGCUACGGUGCAGCCAGGGGCCGUUAACCAGCGGCCCCGGAUGGAUAUUGCAUGCGUUUUGGACGUGCAUCAAUCAACAAAUUUGAGCCACAGAAGAAGAGCCUUAGAAGAAGUUCGCUUGGCUUCUGACCUUGUGAACGCUGAUCUUCACCAUAUACAUUAUGAGAAAUUGGACUUUGGCGAGACAAGUGUGCUGGACACAUUCUACAAUGCAGAUGUAGCUCUGGUAGACUUAAGUCUGCAAGUCCAGCAGAGUUCCCUACUUUACCAUCUCGGAGUGCGAGAGAGUUUUGAUAUGAAAGAAAAUGUUUUACUUUUUAAUGAUAUUGAUGCUGAUUCAACACUAAGGUUGAAGAUGUCAUUGCCCAACUUUCUCUUCGUGUCGUACAAAUUGACGGAUGCCGGUACUUGUGUUACUACCAAUCCGGCUGCGACUAAAUUCAAAGGGGAAGAGUCUGCAGAUCCUAAACAUCACUUGUUAUUUCGGCUGAAGAACAUUUUGCAGGAUGUCGAAGUUCAGACUAAGGCUCAUCUCCAAGAAAAAUUCCUAUCAGACCUUCGCAAAGCCCGGGAGAUAUACAGCGGCCAAGAACUAGCGAACGUGUUACACGCAAUGCGACGCCGGUUAGACGAUCCGGCCGUACUCUCCGGUGACACAAUACUGAACAUGCUCAUAUCCUACCGCGAAAUACAGGACUACGACGCCAUAGUGCAAGUGGUGGAUGAUCUGAAGACGAUAAUGAAUAGGAAGAAUUAUGUAAAUAUGCCGAUUAUUAGGUUUAUGUAUGCGUUCGCUAUGAACAGGCGGAACAAGGAAGGUGACAGGGAAAAUGCUUUAAGAGUUUGCGUGAAAGCUUUAGAGAAGAAAGAGAACAGGUUCCCUGACAUGCUUUGUCUCUGUGGCCGAAUCUAUAAGGAUAAGUUCGUUGAAUCUCAGCACUCGGACACGGAGAGCUUGAACAGUGCUAUUCAUUGGUACAGACAGGGUUUCGAAGUGCAACCAAAUGAGUAUGCCGGCAUCAACUUGGCAACACUACUAGUUAUAGCUGGAAACGACUUCAAAAAUUCACAAGAACUACAACAUAUAGGUAUGGUGUUAAAUCAUUUAAUAGGUAAAAAAGGCAGCUUAUCAUCGUUGAAAGACUAUUGGGAUGUGGCGACGUUUUUUGAAAUAUCAGUACUGGCACAAGAUUACGUGAAAGCGAUACAAGCAGCCGAGUGCAUGUUCAAAUUGAAACCGCCGAAUUGGUAUUUGAAAUCUACAAUCGGGAACAUUGAAUUGAUUGACAGAUUCAGAAAAAAGAACGAAGAAAUAACACCAGAGCAGAAGGUAUUCUCAUUCUGGAUGGAGUACUUCCUAGAGGCAACUAAAAGCGCUUGCGAUAAUAUCAUUCGGUUUCCGGUGUUAAUAUUGGAAACAAAUAAAGUCUACGUGCCCUCAUACGUGAAUGUGAAUAUGGGAGCGGAAGAAAAAUCCGUGGAGAUUCUCAACUUAUGCUUAGAUUGUGAUUCUAAGAAAGGCACGUGUAGGAAGGUUCAUCGGUGGCUGUUCACUUCUGACAUGAUCAGGACCUACAGUCUGUACAAACGUGACGAGCGUUGCCUGUUCUUGUACGUUAGCGAGAAUUCGGACGACUUUCAAAUCUUCCUUCCGUCGCAAGCUUGUAGGCAACGACUGCACGACCUUCUGGGCGAAUUGACGGCGGACUUCGAGAAAGUCACCGAAAUUGAUACCAGUGUGAUGCAAGACCAAUUAAAGUUUGAAUAUGAGCUAGACGAUUGUAACAAGCGUGUCGUACUCGGUAAAGGCACCUACGGUGUGGUUUACGCCGCAAGAGAUCUCAACACUCAAGUGAGAAUAGCGGUCAAAGAGAUACCUGAGAAGAACCUGGGAGAUGUACAGCCAUUACAUGAAGAGAUCAUGUUGCAUUCACAGCUGAGGCAUAGAAACAUAGUACAGUACCUUGGGUCUAUUUCUGAAGAUAAUUAUUUCAAAAUCUUCAUGGAACAAGUACCUGGAGGGUCGCUGUCGGCUUUACUAAGGUCCAAAUGGGGACCACUGAAGGAAAAUGAGGCUACAAUUGCAUAUUACACCAAACAAAUAUUAGAAGGUUUAAAAUACCUGCAUGACCAGAAAAUCGUACAUCGCGAUAUCAAAGGCGACAACGUUUUAGUCAACACAUACAGUGGUGUUGUUAAGAUAUCGGAUUUCGGUACUUCGAAGCGGUUAGCGGGACUUUGUCCUUCGACUGAGACUUUCGCUGGAACCCUGCAGUAUAUGGCACCAGAAGUGAUUGAUAAAGGACAAAGAGGUUAUGGAGCUCCCGCUGACAUUUGGUCUUUGGGCUGUACUGUAGUUGAAAUGGCAACUGGAAAUCCACCAUUCAUCGAACUGGGAUCGCCGCAAGCAGCAUUAUUCAAGGUCGGAUACUACAAAACUCAUCCGGAGAUACCAAACGAGCUAUCGCAGAAAGCUAAAAGCUUUAUUCUUCGUUGCUUCAUACCCGAUCCAGAAAAACGUGCCACAGCUGCUGAGCUACUAGAAGAUGCUUUCUUAUGCGAAAAGAAGAAGCAGACCAAUCGUCUAGCGGGCAGUAUGGACUACAGCCGCAGUAUUUCCGUACCAGCUGAUAAGGCUCGACCCGGGCAAGUGCAGAAGAAGAUCUCUGAACCGUCCAUGCCUGGAAACUUGCCUAGCUCGCCGGAGAUUGAGGUGAAAACGAUCCGGUCUAAUCCGACAAUCACUAGGACGGCUUCGUCGAUGCUCUCACCGAUUCUGAUAUACCCACCGGACUUGUGUAAUAGCAGCACGAUGCCGAAUACACCUUCGACUGAUGAAAUGGAUAGCGGUGACACAAUUCUGAACAGGCGAAGUUCCUCUGGUGGAUUGUUAUCGCCUGAGGUGGAUAUGACAACUGUGCCUCGUUCGUCCAUUGACGUGGAACACGAUGGAUUCUACCUGUUGAAGAAAGACUCUCAGCGGCGUCUUACUCUCUCCCGAGUGUUGGAGCAGGACAGCGAAAAGAUCUGUUCAAAAUGGAUGCUAAGCGUACAACAAGACUUCGGUAACACUCUGCUGACUAUGAAUCACUUAGAGACCCUCCGCUGCGCACUCAAAGAUUACAUAAUGGAUCAAAACCGAAGCGUUAUCGAGCAAGCUAUCACCACACUGAAAGAAGAACUGGACUUCGACGCUAAAGCGAUCAACGAAUUACAUUCAGCAAUAUACAUGUUCCAAGAAGCGGUGAACGCUGUGCUUCGAAUGCACAGUAUUAAGCCUCAUUGGAUGUUCGCAUUAGACAAUUUGGUUAGAAAUGCAGUGCAGGCAGCUAUUACUGUGCUCUCUCCAGAACUGGGAGCCAAUCUGGCGGGCCAGGAGUCACGGCGCGGCGCCAGUAUUGGCGCGAGUGGCGCCAUCGAGGCUGCGACCCCUUCCGCCAUAUCCACCGCUACUUCCUCCAGGGAUCAGCAUAUGCAUCAGCUGCGACAAGAGAACCAUAAGCUUCACCAGGAACUGAUAGAAAGCUACCAUCAGUACCAAGCGCUGUUGCGUCAAAUGCUAGAGGAGCAGCGAACGCAGACACAAAUGAUCCGGGAACUUCUUGAAAGGAGGCCGAGAACGGACACAGUCGAUGAAAUAGACGAAGAACAAUACAGCAUUAUCCGAGAGUGGGCCUCGAGGAAAGGCAUUCCGGACUCGGCGGUGCGAAUUCUCGCCGCUAACGAUUAUACACUGAAUGAUCUACUACGGCACGCGCAACGCAAAGAAAUCACGAGGCUAAAUCUAAAGGGUGGCGUAGAACUUCGUCUAUGGCAGGCUAUAUCAGACCACCGUUUGCACAACAUCAACCACUUACGUCGUACAAGCAGCACCGAGACAGAUAUCGACACCAACUCUAUAGUGGUCGUGGAAUGUCAACGGUGCAAAACGACGCAAAGAACAAUCUCGAACAAUUCCACUUGUUCCAACAACCCAACAAUAGUUAUAAGAGACCAACAAUUAAACGGGGAAGAUAACACCGAACUUUUACCAGAGAACGGCGUCGACAACCCUUGACUAUUGCGCGGGUGGUGCACUCUGCAAUAAAUGAGCUCAAGUCGUGAAAAGUUUAAACACCAUCUUUAUCUCAAUAGACUUAUAGAUGUUUAUGUAUGUUUUUGUGUUUUUUCAACUUUAAUAGCACAUAAAUCCACUAACAUUGUUUGCUUUUACGUCACAACACUACACACUAAAAUAUUCAAGCAGUUUUUAACGUAUAAAAGUAUCUUUCGUAUUCACUGUUAUAUAUAUAUGAGUACCUAUAAUCUUGCUGAAAGAUAUAUAAACUUUAUCAACAUGACAGCAAUUUUGAGAAUAAAAGUCAUAAUUCCUUAUCAAUAAAAUUACUAUUUGCUAUACCCUAAAUAGUUACAAUAUUCAUUCGGGCGGAUUCUUAAUUGGGUAAUAAUUAACCCAGAGGACAAUAUGCUUACUCAAAUGAGGGUUUUCACAAAUGACUGGCGCUAGAUGGCAUGGAUGGAAAUACGACAGUAAAUUCUCCUCAAAAUCCAUAAAAGAAUUCAUAACUUGGGCAUACAUUUUAUAUCCUGAUUCUGGAUCUGCCUUUUCUUUCCUGUCAUGAAGUUUACAGAUACUUUUAAUAAUAUAUUGUAUAGAUGUUAAAUAAUUUGUGCAUCCAAGGAGAGUAUUGUGUCAAAUGUGUUUUGAAAUCAAAGCAAUACUAAUGCAAUAUGAAGAAAAUAUUUCAGUAACAUUAUAAUGACAAAAUAUGUUAUCAAAACCUGAUAAUAUCUGAUAAUAUUAGGUUAUAUAUUUCACUAAUAGGGUAGUUGCUAAAGAUUGGAUUUGAUUAAUUUUAAUUGGUUACAAAUAGUUAGAAUGUAGUAUGGAAGUAAGCAUUUUGAGUACAACUAUUACAAACAGUGUUGGCAGCUGAAUCGUAUCUCUUACGCUCUUGUAGCGUUUAUGGCGAUACGCAUUUUUUCGGUAGUGCCGUCCCUCUUCUGUUGUUUGACGUGUUCCCUCUUUCACCAGAUUUAAAAACCUUAUAAUUUGUAUCAUUUUAACCAAACGAAAUUUGUGUCAACUACCCUAUUUAUGAAAAUUUGAAAACUGAUUAAGAAAACAUAUUUAAAACGUGCACGUGUACUGUUAACUACAUAAAUAAUAUGACAAUAUUUCGAUUAAGGGUUUUGUGAAUUGACAACAGCAAAAAAUCGGGCCUCGUGUUUGUAAAUCAGUACAUAUAAAAUUAUCUAAAGUAAAUGUUGUCUAUUUUCAUUCAAAAAAAUCCUCUAUUAUUCAUAACCAAUCUUAAUAUAACGUUUGGUGCUAUAUCCGUUUGUGAUCGUUGUUUGCUUUUCACAUAACGCUAUAAAUAAAUCGCUUGAGCCCUUGAGUGUGUCACCCAAAUUUAUGUUAAUUGUGGACAUUAUGACUCUUAAAAUGUUAGAAUUAGCGUUAGCAAAAAACAAAAGCAAUAAAUGAACAAAAACUGUUCUACGUUAGUUGUGAAUUAAUAAGUUUUUACCGAAUUUCAAAUAAUACAUAUAAUUUUGAACACAUGCAAAGUCAAAAAGCCAUUAACAACUAGUGCGAACAAAAAUUUGGCUAACAUUUUUUUUUCGUACUGGAAUUGUGCCCACACUGAGUUUGAGAAAAAUAGUUUUCGUGAUAUUGUUCCAAUAUGAGAGUCACUUUGUUAUAAUUACAUAAAUAUUUUAUGGAUUAACCUUUUCAGGGCGUUUUCGAACAUAGAUAAAUCGGGUUAUCUUAAGAAUGAUUUCUUAAAUGCUGUCAUUAAAAUAACAUGCUAUGGUUCGAAUACGUCCUUUCUGUAAAUAUCUUUAUUUGAUACUAGUCUAUGUAAAUAAUACACUUUCUAAUUUAGGAAAGCAUAAUAUGUAUAUUAUCUAAAUUAAUAUUAUGAGUUGUUUAGUUGUGCACAGCUAUUUAAAGGUGCUAAUAUUGUGAUUAUUACUAUGAAGUGCCUUUUACAAUAAACGCUUCAACUGUUGUUACAAAAGGAUUGUUCGAUAUUUUCUUUCCACGCUGAUUCUAGAAUUUACAUUAGAACAUAAUGAAGUAAAACUUAUUUGCAGUAUACAGAUUUAUUGUGUGUUCAUUUAAUACCCUUUCAACAUAGUUCAAAAUAAUGUACAUAUUAAUAUAUGGUAUCAUCACACUUUUAUUUACCCAAAUAUUAAAUAUUACAUUAUAUUUUGUCAAUAAAUAUUUAAAGUACUCUUUCAUUGUUUACAAUUAUAUGUAUGCGUCGAGAGAGUUAAUAACAAAAACUUGUUAGAUAUUUUUCCUUGCAAGCUUGAACUUUUUUAUCUAUAUUUUACCAUUUACCACAAGUGCCAUAAAAAUCAGUAUGACAAAUGUCAUAAAGUAUAUAGUUCCGUUGAAUUAAUAAUAAAUAGAAUAAGGCAAAGAUAAAAUCCGUAAUGAAACCAAUUGUUAAUAAAUAUUAUAUCUGUCGACAUUAUUACAAAGAUUUUUAAAAUGAUGUUAUAUCUAAAGUAGAUUAAGUGAAACUGAUGUUAUUCAAAUGCGAAAUUGUUGAAAUUGUUUAUAUUUACUUCAUGGAGCUUAUUUUGGCACGCUAAACUUAAAACUAAAUUUGACAGUGGUUUCUUCUUUUGAUUAACUAUGAAGCAGGUAUACUUAAGUAAUUCACAGUAUCUCAACAUUUUAAUUGUACUAAAACCACUAAUAAAAAUGAUUUUAUAUUUCCUUAAAGUUUUUGUCAGAUUUUUUUCUCAAAAAAGGCACUCUGUCUUUCUCACAUAAAUCCUGUUUGGAAUAGUAUUCGAGAGGGACACAAUGUUUCAUAAUUGGCGGGAGUUAUAGUCGUGCCUUAAUUUGCCAAGUUAAACGAUUAGGUAGCUAUCAUUUGUUCAUUAUAAAUUCUAACUAACAGAACAGUGCUUUUAAAAUAGACACUAAUGACCUUGGUUAACGUCUCUCAGUGAUGCCAUAGGAUAUGUAAUUUAACAAAAGCAGAAGUUAUUAAUUAAACCAGCAAAUUUUACUUUAUUUUGAAAAUUACUUAUUGUAGACACUGUAGAUGUUAGUUCUUUUGUCUAAACCUAAUAAAAGAAAUUCUUACGUAUGUAAAAUUUGCUACUAGACGUAGUAAAUUUACGUAAUAAAAUACUCAGUAGUUGUUGAUAAGUACAAAGCGUGUAUAUAUACUGCUUAUUAUUUAGCUAUUGUUUAUUCCCAACAAAGAAAAAAAUAUCUUUGAGACCACUAACCCCAUAUAGAAAGACUGCUCUCCUAAUUAUUUGAUGCAAAGAACAAAAUUUUCACAGAAUGAUUGUGACAUAAAUAAGUAGAAGAAAAGCUUGCUUAAAGGGAAGUGUUAUAUAUGUUUUUUAAUAUAUAAUAAUUAUAAUAACUUCCAACGUUGGAAUGAGACUCAGUGCUUCCAUUAUAAAUCGAUACUUUGUUUAGGUCUAUGGUUUACUUAUGUUUAUAAAAAACAGAAAUACGCUCUUUAAUCACGUUGUCAUCCCUAUCUGACGCCAUCAUUGUUUCCUAUAGUGAAACAACCAUAAAAAAUAAUUUACAUUCAAAUUUAAUAUUAUCAAAUUGUCAUUCAACUUGUACUCGAUAUUGAACCGUAUUAAGUUUAUAUAAAUGUAUUUGUCCAAGCAAUUCAAAAUGGUGGGGUGUGUAGCAUAUCAAAACUUUUUAUCAAGGUAUCUGAAUCCGAUGCACUUUGUCCCCCUUAUUAAUAAACAAGGAAUAAGCUUAGACUAGUUACGUCGUGUUUUGUUCUUGUCACUCAAAUGCCAUUUGUUGUUCAAUGAACAGAGACCAAACAUAGAGUAAAUAAUCGAAGCUUAUUCUUUGUUUAUUGAUAAAGGGGUGUGGGUAUUACGUUUGAUAGUCUGUUUCAGCAAUUUUUCUAAAUCACAAUUUAACUAAUACUAGAUUACAGCCCAUACGAUAAUGUCAAAUUGACUGACAUUUUUCUAGGGGAUAAAACUAGUUUUAGUAGAAUCGAGAUUUAGCAAAUUUGCUGCAAGUAGGCCUUAUUCACAAAAACUUACUACUGAUAAUAAACCAGUCAUGUUCAUUUAAAAAAUGUCUAGACAGAAAUAAAUUAAUUGUUUUGAUUAAAAUGCCAAAAUUAUUCGAACAUUAUAAAAAAAACACGGUAUAAAAUAUAUAUAUUUUGUCUAAAGGAGACGAAUAAUAAUUUAAAUUUAAGUCUUAUACUAAGAAUUUAUAAGGCAUAAUUAUAGCACUACACACCGAUAUAGUUUUGUCUUCUUAAACAUUACAAUAACGAUAAAUACAGUUCUCAGGAAAAACAAUCUCAAAUCAUUCUAAGCAUAAUAAUCAUCAUCAUAUAAACGGGUACUACGCAAUGUUUUGUCUAUGUCGUGGGAUGAUUUGUUAAAUCGAAUUUUGCGAAAAGCCUACAGAUUUUGCGAAACGGAUUGCGAUAGGCUUAUUAUGGAUAAAUAUUUUUGGGGUUCUUGGUUUCACACUUGGUAAGUUAGUGUUGUGAGAGCCGAGCGUGCGUAGCGAGCGCGCCGGGGUUGCGGCCGGCGAAGCGCUAGAAAAAAAAUCCUUGACAAGUUUGAGCAACGCCAUCGCCAUUGUCCUAUUAUUUCCCUUUUUCGCAAAAUCCCUAGGAUGUUCGCGAACAUUCGAUUCAGAGAAAAACAAAUGAAACAUUGCGUCAAGUGUAAGUUUAUACUCGUUUAUCAUUAAAUGAGUAAGCGCUUGUAUUAUUUGCUUACAAGCAUUAUUGUGCUUAAUGAAAUGGAUUGUCAGGAAAAUAGUUUCAGAACCCAGUUAAAUUAUAUGAUCAAGAUAAGCGUCAUCUAAUUUUAUUAAUAAUGUACUAUUUACUGUUUUACGAUAGUGUAAGAUCAUAAUUAAUUUUCAGCGAAAGGAGAGCUUUUGUUAACUUCUAUUGAUCAUUGAAUUCAUGUCUACGUUUGUACGGAUAUCGUCUUGUGUAUAUUGUUUAAACAGUGUUAGAUAGAGAAGUUGCUAAUAAAAUAUCUAAUACAACUAAAUAA